UCGCUUUCAUAUCACAAGCUAAAAAUAACAAUUUUAAAAAAAAUAGAAACUCUCUUUUAAAUGUAAACGCAACCGCCGCCACGAAUCUACGAGAAACCACCGGACCCGACCCACGAUGGAAAUCAACGGACCUUCCCGCUUCCGCAACCCCAAAUCCCAAUCAACCGAUCGUUUCCUCGGCGUUUACCCCCAUGCACCACCGUCCAACCACCUUUCCCACUCUUCCGCCGUCAUUGAAGAGCUCAAUGAAGAUGAUAUCUUCUCAUCUGGUGACUUCUCCGACAACUCCAAUGGCUCCAGUUCUGCCGGUGGCUUCUCCAAUUCCCACCACCAAAAAACAUCUCCUUCCUCCACUCCCUUUAACCAUAAAUCCUUCCCUCACUCCGAAAACUUCGGAAUCCUCGCCGCCAUCCGCGACACUUCACGUCCGCAAUCCCAUUUCUACCAAAAGCCCUCGAUUUCUACUUCGGCCUCCUCUUCCUCCUCUGUCGCUUCAGCAUCUUCCUCUGCUCGUUCAAUUCCUUCGAUUCCUAAACCGCCGCAAGAACGAAUCCCCGUCAUUUCGUCUUCAUCUUCUUCUUUAGGAAGGUUUCAUCAAUCGGCACCGGUUAAUGUGCCCAUGCUGGCGAAACCGAUGAGGAAAAAGCAAGAUUUUGACGACUAUUACGACAUGGAGCUGGAGGAAGAAGGGGAAAUGUUGCCACCGCAUGAGAUUGUGGCCAAGAGCUUAGCCCAGUCCCCUAUGUUGGCUUGUUCAGUGCUCGAAGGCGUGGGGAGAACCCUAAAAGGAAGGGAUCUAAGGCAGGUAAGGAAUGCUGUUUGGAGACAAACUGGGUUUCUUGAUUAAUUGAGGAAGAAACUUGUGUUUUGGUUUUUCUUUGAAGAUUCAUUUUGGGGGUUUGAUUAUUGACUGUUGGAUAUGGCAAAGUAUUAAGUAUUCGAUUAAUGUAAUCAAAAUUUGAUUAUUUUGUUAUGUAAUUUAACUCUUUGUUA